AGAAAGAGAGAAAAAAGGUAAACAAAACAAAGGUUGCCGUUCCCCGUAGCCAGCAGGGACGGUUCGUUUUAUCGAUUUUUGGUUUCCAUAUCUCUGGUGCGAGUUAGUACAAGGGAGGAGUGAAAAAAGCCCUUCCCGUUUCUUGGUGAAAACGUGGCCAUGAGUGACGGAAGCGGUGGUGGCAGUGUGCGACAGCGCAAGAAAAGCUCCGGCGAUGGCACCGGUACCAGGGCACGCAAAUCAAAAGCAACGGGCAGCACCGCUUCCGGCAGCACGCCGAGUGCCGCCCAGCAGCACCAGAUGUGGGCCCGGAUCGUACUGAUGGUGGGCAUCGCGGCCAUCGUGUACUUUACCACGUUCCGCACGCGGGAGAAAAAGUUUGCCACCCAGCGGGAGGUGCUCGAGCUGCGCACCCAGCCGCUCGACUGCUCCCGCCCCUAUCUGGAGGAAAUAUCCAAGUUUGCCGGCUGCAUCCCGAAACGGUGCGGCCGGUUCGUGAGCGACAAGAUCGUUUCGCCGGCCGAGGCCGGCAUACUGCUCGAUCUCGCCCGGGCCGGCUUCGCCCUCGGCCAGUCGGCGGGCGGCGCCUCCAUACUGGACCUGCACUCGGGCGCCCUCUCCAAGGGGACGCAGUUCGUGAACGUGUACCGGUUGCCGGAAGCGAAGCAGCUCUUCACCAGCCAACAUAUCAACGUGUACCGGCACGUCAAGGCGAAGGUGCAGCAGGCGGUGGCGGAAAACUUCCGCCUUAGCGCGGACGCACUGCACCUCACCCAUCCGACCUUCUUCUCCCGGCUGACGAACGCGACCGCCAAAACGAUCCACGACGAGUACUGGCACGAGCACGUAGACAAGGAAACGUACAACUCGUUCCACUACACCACGCUGCUGUACCUGACAGACUAUGGGAAGGAUUUUACCGGAGGUCGGUUCGUGUUUAUCGACAACGAGGGUAAGCACAACCGGACGCACGUGUACAUCGAGCCGAAGCGGGCCCGGGUCAGUGGGUUCACGUCCGGCGCCGAAAAUAUGCACCACGUGGAGCAGGUGACGGGUGGGGUGCGGUACGCGAUCACCAUUUCGUUCACGUGCGACCGGGAGUACGCAAUGGCCGAUCCGAAGUUUGCGCUGGACGACGAUGAGGACGAUCAGAACGCGGAGGAGAGAUCGGCCGAACCGUGAGAUAGGGCGGACACGGUGCUAGUGAUCCGUACGCUGGAGGAGUUUAGUGCGUAGACGACUGCUUACAUUCCAUGUUGCGUUCCAGUGUUCCUUAUGUUCCUUCUUCCUACGUUACAGAGAGACGCUGUUUUGUUUUUUUUAGUUUUAACCAAAAUGGAAGCUGUAUUAUAGUAUUGCUAUGAUUUAAAGUAUUGCGAAAAAAACAGUAUUGAGAUGUUGCUUCACAUUUCACCGCUUUAAUUUGUAAUCGCAUAAUCCUCCAAGCCAUCAGCCACUGCACUGUUGUAGCCACACACCGUUCAAUCGCCCUUCUCCGCGCAAAAGCAAACAGCAAUACGAACAAAGAUAGUUUUAACUUCAACAUCUACUACCACCGUCUAGCAGCACGUGGCAUUGCCAUAGCAACCAAAUGAAAGGGGAAGCGAGCGAUCAAAGGCCUACUCGAUAGGCGUAAGUUUAAAUGUGCAUUUUUGAAAAUGACACAAAAGUAGCAGCGAGCCACGUGGGUGUGUGUAAAAUAAACAGUACAUUUAGCGUGUGAGUUAUGCUUCCGGUGAGUUCAAA